CAAACAUAAUUUUUGUCCCAAAGUUAAAAAAGAAUUGGAUAGGAUAUAAUUUGCCUCAACUUUCUGCGCGAAGGGAACAAAUUAAAUCCAUGCUUUUCCCGUGGAAAAUAUAAGGAAAAUAUUGUUUGGAAAUUUGACAUAUUUAGUAAAAACAUAAAUUAUCCAAUAACCUCUAUUUUUGACUUUGAGUAGCUCAUCAUUUGCAGAACCCAUCUUCUGCUUCUUUCUUCUUUUUCUACAGGAUUGGUUAGGGAUCAAGGAAACCCAGGAUAUAUUCUAUUAUUGCAGUAAAGUUUCGAUUUUUAUUUCUUAUUCCCUAUGCCCCUUCCAAAAUUUAUUUAUUCUGCUAUAGAAGGACCAGUUUCUUGUUUAGUUUAAAGAAGAUUACAUGCUUAGUUCAAAAGGCAGAAAAUCUGUUGGAAAAGAGAUGGAAUGUGGAGCAGGCUACAAGUGGACUCUGGGCAGCUUAGUGUGUGCUUAUUUUGAUCUGGGUGUUGCAUUUUUCUCUUUAUCUGCAUCAACAAUGGCUUUCUUGACAGUGAACUUUCUGGGGUUUUGUGGGUUAAGCUUGUUUGGCAUUUCCCCAGAUGUUAUUUUCAAAUUGCACAAAUUCUUGAUGAAUUUUGCCGGCGAGAAAGUGUCAAAACUCAAACUUUGUGCCCUAGAGGUCAAUGACCCAUUGAUUGAUGAAAGGGAAGAUGUUGAGAGGGAAGGUGAGGCUUCAUCUAGUUCUGUUUCAGCUGUAACAAGAAACUCUAGCAAAUCUGAUAGAGUAGUAGUACUCACAGCGGUGAGUAAGUUUGGGGAUGAAAUGGGAGGCGGACUUAGAAUGAAUGAGUAUUCUAAAUGUAAUAACUUGAGUGGAACUGAUUCCUGCUCUAAGGGAUAUGGAGAAGGAGACAGCUACAAACUGGAUGAAAAUCCACUUCCUAAUGAUACAGAUUCAUCUAGCGAAGAGGUGAAUGGCCAUGUGGACCAAAUCUUGGUCAUUAAUGACAAAAGUUCCGUAAUAAGACUGUUGGAAGAAGCACUUGAAGAUGAGAAAAUCGCCCGGUCUGCCCUUUACGUUGACCUUGAGAAGGAGAGGAGUGCUGCUGCUUCUGCUGCUGAGGAGGCUAUGGCCAUGAUCUCCCGACUGCAAGAGGAGAAGGCCUUCAUAGAAAUGGAAGCCAGGCAAUAUCAGAGGGUAAUUGAGGAAAAAACAGCUUAUGAAGAAGAUGAAAUGGCUAUUCUAAAAGAGAUCUUGGUCAGGAGGGAAACAGAAAAGCUCUUUCUGGAAAAGGAAGUUGAAGCAUACAGACAAAUGGUGAUUUAUCUUGAAGAAAAAUGUUUUUCUGGUAAUUACAAUGAAGACCCAUCCAAGGAAAUUGAGUGCUUGCCAAAAUCAAUUAGCUCUGAUGAUGAAGAAGAGCAUCCUGUUUAUGAUGUUCAUGUGGAUGGAUCCAACUUAUGCACCAAGACUGAUUAUGAAAAGCUAAAACAUGUCGACGGAGAUGAAUGGCAUGAGGAAAUGUUAGAGACUAUUAAAGAAGGGGGUGACAAGUUCAUCCGAUCAAUGGAGAGUAGUUGCCCACAGGAGAAGGCCCAGUUUAAGCUUCUGGAUGAUAUAGCAUGUCAGCUUGAAGAGAUUCGGCAUCUUACGCUCAAUCAUGAAAAGAAAAGUGCACAGGCCAGAGAUGAAUAGGUGUCGAGGCGUGAAGAACAGUCUGAAUGUGCAGUUGACUGAAGAGUAGUGUUUUGUAGAGGUUAAUGAUGUUUCAACUUUGUUCAAACUAAGCUUCUCAGAGCUGCUGGGAUAAAUGAAGAGUGCACUGUGCCUUUUCUUGUGUAGUGAUUCUGUUUGUCUCUAAGCGGUUAGUUUGUAAUGGUGUUCUUAUUUUCCCAUUAUUAGAACAAGUUUUUGUUUUUAUUAUUUACUUUGUGGGAAAUGGAUAAAGGGUGUAGUUGUAACAAUAUGUUAAACAUCGUUUUGUUUUUUUUCUUUUUCUUUUUAAACAUCGUUUUGUUUGCUUCUAUAACCUUGUCUGAGAUGUAUUUAAACACAUAUAUAUUCUGUUCUUUUGGUCAAUCACAACGGUAUUGCUGCAAGAAUGAGCUUCUUACCCGAUCAUAAACAAUGUUCAUAGG